UUUGGGCCUGAUUGGGCCUUACUGGCGCUCUUGUUGCGCCUCUAUUGGCCCAAAACCACAUCAAUCUGCUCAGGUCCAGGUCUCCCCUCAAGUUUGAAACUUUUUUUCCUUACAAGCAGGAAUCGGGUUACAACUAAACGAGCUCUGGCAACCGACCUGCCUUGCGGCCGAGGGAAGAAAACACUGAAUAAUUCACACAACUGUGCUUGGCACACGUCUAUAGAGAAGCGGAAAAGGAACAACCGAGACGACAUCAAGCGGAGAGACAACAAGCCAAAGGCGGGCAAACAUGCUGUGAAACACGGUUCUCCGCUUUGCCGAGAGCGAUGAAGACCAGAUAGAGUUGAGAUAAGUUUGGCUUGUGUCCCUCUGACCGCUCCAGUGUGGAGAGAGAGCAAGUGUCGACCAUGGACUCCUUCAGCACAAAGAGCUUGGCCCUGCAGGCGCAGAAGAAACUAAUGAGCAAGAUGGCCACCAAGAGCAUGGCGAACCUUUUCAUCGACGAUACUAGCAGCGAAGUGUUGGAUGAGCUCUACAGGGUCACGAAGGAGUACACCCGCAACCGCAAAGAGUCCCAGAAGAUCAUCAAGAACCUGAUCAAAAUGGUGGUGAAGUUGGGAGUGCUCUACAGGAACAACCAGUUCAGUGGCGAGGAGCUGAUCCUUGUGGAGAACUUCAGGAAGAAAGUCCACACGCUGGCCAUGACGGCGGUCAGCUUCCACCAAAUUGACUUCACCUUUGACCGCCGCGUCAUGAGCGCCCUGUUGAACGACUGCCGCGAACUGCUGCACCAGGCCAUCAAACGCCACCUGACGGCCAAGAGCCACUCGCGCGUCAACCACGUCUUCAAUCACUUCGCCGACUGCGAUUUUCUAGCCGCUCUGUACGGGCCCUCCGAGGUUUAUCGCGCUCACCUGCAGAGAAUCUGCAACGGCGUCAACAAGAUGCUCGACGAGGGAAACCUCUGACCACUGCUUGAGGGCCCCCCCCCCCCCCACCCCUCCUCCUCUUCACAUCCGUUCCCCCUUUCCCACCUCCCAUCUCGGAUAUUUUAAGUUUCAGGUGACAAUCAUAAAACUCUCAAACAUUAUAACACUGAAGGGGCUUUUGUUUCGUUUUCUUUUUGUGUUUUUUCCCAAGGUCUUUUGAGUUCCUUUUUGCGUUUUUCUCCAAGCAAACAAAGCCCAUACAAAUGAAUGUAAAAGAAAACCGUAUGGGAGCGCGUGCGCCUUCAACACCUUCCUGCUCUUUCCAAGGGCACAAUGCUCGCCGUCUCACUCAGUUGAGAAGAAAUGAAUCCCUGAACAGGCAGUUUUAUCGCUGUAAACAAUGGCUCGGAGAGGAAAGAAAUGUCUAUAGCGUUUUCCCAAAUACCCAGGACAUAAAAGCUCUUUUUAUAUAUAUAUAUAUAUAUAAAUAAAUAUUUUUAAACUAGUAUUGCACUCAAGCCUGACUAAGCUCUGUACUGUAUUUUCCCCCCCCUGUAUUAAUGCAACUAUGUGAACUAGAGCAGAUUAAUCCUGCUUAGCCUGCAUUUUAAAUAUCUAAACAUCUUAACUUCAUAGUGAGGCUAUGGCCUUUUUGUUCCAAAGUCAUCAAUAAAGCCGCUUCUAUUUUUUCCCUUUUUUUUUUUUUUUUUUUUUUUUUGGAACAGUCUGCUUCCUAGCCAGCACAAUGAAGAUGAAGUAUUUGGACCUGGAAUAUAAAAGAGUCUGCGCCGCGUGUGUUGUCUUUUGCGCUGACUCAGAUGUCUCUCACUGAGUCAACAUUGUGACUGUAAGAGACUGCGUGACGAGGCGAUCUUCACUUCUACUACCCGCGUUGGCUCACGGGAAAUCACAAUGACACCAAAGGUAUAAGUCUGAAUGAUCCCCGAUCAAUGACUCUGAAUAAAGAUCAUUACCAAUUACGUUUUCCUAAACGAUAUUCUUUCUCGCAAGAAUCCAGUCGUAGCUGAAAUGGCAAGACACAACCCAAGUGAUGGUUUAUGCGUAGCAGAAAACACACCAGCUGAGCAAAGAGACUUACUAGUGGGCCAGUGUGCUCACCAAGAGCCCGUUCGUCUCUGUUGGUUGGCUGCUAUAGUGACGAACGUGGUAGUUUUAUGUUGAGGGGGG